AUGCACAUCCUCUUAACCAACGAUGACGGCCCUCCGUCCCCCCACUCAUCCCCAUACAUCCGCUGCCUCGUAGACACCCUCCAAAAGGCCGGCCACACAGUCUCCGUCUGCCUCCCGCACACGCAACGAUCCUGGAUCGGCAAAGCCCACAUGAUCGGCCAGACCGUCAAGCCCCUCUACUACCGCCCCAGCGAAUCCAUCUACGGCGACGACGCCCAGGGCAGCACGCACCACCGCCCCAGCCCCGACGGCUCCGUGGAGGAAUGGAUCCUCGUCGACGGAACGCCCGCGUCGUGCGUGCAGAUCGGCCUGCACCACUUCUUCCAGGAUCGCGGACCGAUCGACCUCGUCGUCUCGGGGCCCAAUUAUGGACGGAAUUCCACGGCUGUGUUUGCGCUGAGUUCGGGGACGUUGGGGGCGGCGCUUGAGGCGGCUGUUUGUGGGUGGAAGGCUGUGGCAUUGAGCUUUGCUUUCUUCUCGAGGAAUCAUGAUCCUAUUAUUAUUAAGGGGGCGUGUAAGCAUAGUGUCCGGGUUCUGGAGGCUAUAUAUAAGCAGUGGCCGAAGGAUGGGAGCGUGGACCUUUACAGCGUCAACGUGCCGCUGGUGGAGGGGGUCGAGAAGAGCAAGGCUUUGUGGACGGGGAUGUUGCAGAAUUACUGGGGUGGGGGGAGCUGCUUCCAGGAGGUCGAGGGAAGUAUUGGGGAUGAGGAUGAGGAAGAGGAGAGGAUACGUGAGGGUAUACUCGGAGAGGUCGUUGGGAAGGCCGGUGCCGUUCCGGGCCAUGUUCAUAAGCAUUUCAAGUGGGCGCCCAAGUUUGGAGAUGUGUAUAAGAGCGUCGAGGAUGCCGGACCGGGGAGUGAUGGAUGGGAAGUCAAGGAGGGCAACACCAGCAUUACACCGUUGAAGGCAAACUUUUGGCAUGCCGCUACGAGUCUGCAUGGUAAAGAGUUGGAACUUACCGCCGUCUCGCCAGAUGCCAACCAUACUACGAACUCCCGAGGAGAAGACUUUGAUAGGGAUGGCAUCGGAAGAGACCAAGAAAGGCAUAUUAUCAGUCCUCCAACGGCACCUGUGGCCAACAGCCCAGGCACAGCUCACCUUAUCUCCUCGCAACAUACCGGGAAGACGGGCGCGAAGGAAACAAUAUACGCCGUCGUGGCCUACGAAGAUCCAUAUGUUCAGCCCCUGAUCCUAGAGGCGAUAUCAAAACUCUACCCAGACAUCAACGUCCUAUCCACGUUACCGCCGACGACGAACGACGGCGAGCCAAACCUCAAAAGCUACCUACCGACACCAGGAGUCAAAGUCCUGAAUAUCACGUCCUACGAGUCCAUCGACUUUAGUUUCGCGAACGAUCACCGGGAUACGUGCCUUAUCAACAGCUACGUGAUACGCAAGGCGCUUAUACGGAAACACUUCCUGUCUACGACGGUGGACAUUUGGGUGGCGAAGCGACCGGAGAGCGUCCUCAGGGACCACGUCAAGAGGAGCGAGGCGUUCGAGGUGGACUUUGCAGAGUUUCUGGACGAUGCGCUCGUGGAGGCUUGGGACUUGAGGGAGAGCAUGGAGAAGAACGAGGACGGUGCGGGUGAAGUUGAAGCGGAAGCGUCGGAAAUUAGAGAGAAGGAUGGUGAUGACGAUGAGCAAGACGAAGUGGACUUAUCAGCAAAGCCACCUCACCAGCGUGAGUGGUGGAUACUGAAGCCGUCCAUGAGCGAUCGCGGCCAAGGAAUCCGCCUAUUCAGCACGACGGCGGAGCUUCAAUCCAUCUUUGACGAGUGGGAACCGCCUUCUGAUGGCGAGGACGACGAUGCGCAUUCGACGGGUGCGGCCGACAAUGUUGAGGAUGACCAGGCAACCGCAGGAGAUUUCAUUACGACGUCUCACCUCCGCCACUUCGUUGCGCAACCCUACAUCCACCCGCCCCUCCUCGUCGGCGGGCGCAAGUUCCACAUACGAACCUACGUGUUCUGCAUGGGCAGAUUAAACGUCUACGUCUAUAGGCAAAUGCUAGCGCUCUUCGCGGCCAAGGAAUACUCCCCACCCUGGGAGGAGGACGAUCUCGAGAAGCAUCUGACAAACACGUGUCUUCAAUCUACGCCCGAUGCAGCCUCCGUCCAGCUCUUCGGCGCCCUGCCCCUCGACAAGAUUGUCAAGAGCAGCGUCGAGAAGCAAAUCUUCGACGUGGUGGGCGAGUUGUUCGAGGCGGCAGCCCUGGGCAUGACUGUGCAUUUCCAGCCGCUCGCGAAUGCCUUUGAGGUUUACGGGUUGGAUUUCCUCGUUGAUGAGGCGGGAACUGCGUGGCUGCUUGAGGUGAAUGCGUUCCCUGACUUUAAGCAGACGGGUGGGCAGUUGAAGGGCGUGGUGGCUGGGUUUUGGGAGGAGGUUGUGAGGAUUUCUGUUGGUUCGUUUUUCGGGGUUGAGGCUAGGGAAGGCGCUAAGAGGGAAGAGGAGGAGGAUAUGGUUCUUGUGAAGAAGGUUGAGCUACCUCAGUGA